AGCGAUGGCUGAUUAUCUAACAAACGUUCCGAAUUGGUUUGCGACAAAUUAUUGAACAUGUACCAUCGUAGAUAAGACCACAUUUUGAACAAGAGCCUAAGAAAACCUCAUGCAACGUGUUUUUGCUCCCAAAGCUGUAUUUCGGCCUCUUAUUUAACAUCUUUUUAUCAUUUCACAACACUGGCUGAUUUGGGAGACAUUAGUGACAUCACCGGUAGUCGGUAGAACUGGACGUGUAUGUAUGUUUGCCCGUGCGCGUGCAGAUGUGUGUCAUCACUGUCAUCACGAGAGAACGGUGACUAAUGAACUCGGGACGGAUGUUCGGUUUUUAAUCCGCGUUAUAACGCGAUUAAAUGCGGUUUUCGUCGUUCGUCGACGAAAUAUCAACGAGGGUCCAUUAUUCCGGCAUGGAGUAACUUGACAGCUCGACGUGUCACGUUGGUUAUCGUAUCGCACGAGGUGUAAUCUGAGGAUCCACAUAAUUAUUUGUUCAAUCGAUUGAUCCGUCACGAUGGAGCACGCGACGAGCGACUCGCACGACGAUUACACGGAAAUAAUCCAAAAGCUUCCCGUUUAUCUGAAAUUGGGUUACGGUACGGGUCAUGUGCUGAAUGACAUUUGCGCUUCCAUGUGGUUCACUUAUCUUCUGGUGUUCUUUCAUCUGGUGCUCGGUUUCGAUCCGACCUUAGCCGGAGUUGUGUUACUCAUCGGCCAAGUGGCGGACGCGCUUGUCACUCCGUUUGUCGGUUUCCAAUCCGACAGACAAGACGACUUCUGGCUGUGUAGAUACGGUAGAAGAAAAGCCUGGCAUUUGAUAGGCACUAUCUGUGUGUUGUUCGGAUUUCCGUUUAUAUUCUCGCCGUGCAUUGGCUGUGAAAAUGCGCAUCAGUAUGCACAGUUGAUCUAUUACGCCGCUUUUGUAGUGAUCUUUCAGUUUGGCUGGGCAGCGGUGCAAAUAUCGCACCUGGCCUUGGUACCAGAGCUUACGCUUUCUGAACACGAGAGGACAGAGCUUAUAGCAAUAAGAUUUACAUUCACUGUGUUCUCCAAUGUGCUAGUUUACUGUAUCAUGUGGAGUAUACUGCACAUAACAAGUGGUCAAUAUGACACUCAGAUCGGGCCUGAUGAUAUCUACAAGUUUCAGAAGGUCGUUCUAAUCGGAAUGGCGACUGGCCUCGCAGCAUCUAUGAUAUUCCACUGUGUCGUCAAGGAAGGAGCUAAUGGCAGUGCCAAUGGUAGCCUCUUGCAAAGAAGUAGCAGAUCGGCGUCAACCUUACUGAAAGAUGUCAGAUUAUAUCAAGUAGCCUGGAUCUACAUGUUGACGCGACUGUUCAUUAAUCUGUGUCAGAUUUACAUACCUCUGUAUUUGCACGAAUCGCUGAACAUGCCCGCGACUUCUCUCGCUUACAUACCGCUGACGAUGUACCUGAGCAGCUUUCUGAUGUCCCUGAUCAUCGAGAGACUCAAUACGAAAUUGGGUCGAAAGAUUACGUAUUCGAUUGGCGCGCUGUUGGGAAUCUGUUCCUGCAUAUGGAUACGACUCGGUGAUGAUAAUGAAAACUACAUCAAAUAUCAGAUCUACGUUGUAGCGAUAUUGUUAGGUUCUGCCAGUGCGAUAAUGUUGGUGACUAGUCUCGGUGUUACCGCGGAUCUCAUAGGGAAACACACUGAGAGCGGUGCUUUUGCUUACGGAAUUAUGAGUUUUACUGACAAGCUCAGUAAUGGCCUGAUGGUUAUGCUCAUUCAGUAUCUAGUAAAACACUUGUCACAAGGAUACGCUAAUGAGUAUUACAGAAACAUUCUUGCAUACGUUUGUGGCUCAUCGGCGACACUUGCUCUGCUAAUGAUCUUGUACAUUAAACCGUUUUCUCAUGAUAUAAUUUUUGACACGUUGCACAAUCGGGAGGAGAGUUUUAUAGAAUCUUCAAACGAGAACUACACUAAUUCCUUUAGUCAACAACAAGAUAACGCUAAUGUACAGUGACCAUUUUCUAAUUAUACAUAUUUUAAAUUUACAUACUAAUUUCCUUCAAUCGCAAGAUGUACAUUAAUAUGUAUUUUGUAAAUAUGUAUACUAGCACACAAGAGAUGUGUAAAAAAAACUGCAAAGAUACUGAUAUUUAUAUUGUUGUUAACAAAAAAAUAAAUGCAACUUAUACAUUAUAAUGUUAUACAUUAUUAUGAACGAUUUCUAUAUGUAUUUGAAAUUUACAAUUGUGGAAUUGUUAUAUAUUUGGAUUUAUGUUUAUUAAAAAGA